AUGGUUCGCGACCGCAUCGAGGCUCUCUCCCACCAUCUCUCCUCGCCAACACCGACCAAGAUGAGCACACCGACGCGCGUGUUUCAGCUGAUCCCAGGUGUGCAGUCGUACGACUGGGGCAUUCCAGGCUCCAAAGCGCCUCGAGUCGCUCAGUUUGCAGCCGCGACCAAGCAGCUCAACUUUACCGCCGACGACGAUAAGCCGUAUGCGGAGCUGUGGAUGGGCACACAUCCGUCUAUGCCCUCGCGCAUCAUCCCCACCGAAUCCAGCGCAACGGGCGAGUUUACGCCGCUGGCCGAGCAUCUUGCGCAGCAUCCCGAGCUGAUUGGCGAGCGCGUUCGGGCCAAGUUCUCGGACGGCGAACCGGGCGCUUUGCCGUUUCUGUUCAAGGUGCUCAGCGUAGGCAAGGCGCUCAGCAUCCAGGCGCAUCCGGACAAGGCUCUCGGAAAGAAGCUCCAUGCUCAGAGGCCUGAUGUCUACAAGGACCCCAACCACAAACCCGAGAUGGCCAUCGCCCUUACUCCCUUCCGCGGCUUUUGCGGGUUUAGACCACUCGCCGAAAUCGUCGCCUACAUCAAGAACAUCCCCGAGCUCGCUGAGCUCGUCCAGCUUUCCGACGACGAUGUGGCACGGGUGGCUUCGCUUGCAUCAUCGCCUCCUGAGAGUGACGAGGUCAAGCAGACGCUCAAGACCAUUUUUGGCAACCUGAUGAACGCACCCAAGAGCACAUACGAGCCGCUAGCACAGUCGCUUUCCGAACGCUUUGCAAGCGGUAGGGUCGACAGUGUGGGCGAGACUGAGCGCAAGCUCGUCGUCAAGCUCGCCGACGAAUUCCCGCGCGACGUGGGCAUCUUUUGCACGUUUCUGCUGAAUAUCUCGACGCUGCAGCCGGGCGAGGCACUGUUUUUGCAGGCCAACGAACCACACGCCUAUCUCGAGGGCGAGAUCUUGGAGUGCAUGGCUGCAUCGGACAAUGUUGUGCGUGCCGGGCUCACGCCGAAACUGCGCGACACCGACACACUCAUCAGCAUGUGCACCUACCAGUCUGGCUCCAACCGCGGCCGUCUCGAACCGACCCACUGGGCCAAAAGCACAACAGUAAAGGGCACGGCACAGGCGUUGUUGUACGAUCCACCCAUCGCAGAGUUCAGCGUCGUGACCACUACCUUGGCCAAGGACGCUGUCGUCCAAGAGGCCCAAGUUGACGGGCCCAGCAUUGUUCUGGUCCUCGAGGGUGAGGUGGAGAUCGAGGGAGACGGAAAGGUAAGCGUGGCCAAGGGGCAGGUCGCCUUUGUUGCAGCCGAGACGCGCGUUAGCGUGCAGAAUGUAGGCGACGCCGAGGCCAAAGUCGCCAGGGCGUUUGUCGAGCCGUAG